AAGUUCAUUGAGGAGAGUAAUGGCUUUGGAAACUCCUUCAUCCAAUGAGUUUUCCAACUUCAUUAUCUAUGACACCAUCUCUGCUACUCCAUUUAGCAGCCACGUCUCUUUAGCGGCUAGUUUCUUGUUAGAUCAGAAUAUAGUGAACAAUCAGGAACAUGACCCUGCAUUUUAUAACUGUGCUCCGAGGACCCGAAAACGCCAAUCCAGUGAGCCAGAAACCAUUGGCAAAAGGCAGAAUCUCACGGUGCAAGGGAGGAAGAAGAGGAGAAGGAAGCCAAGGGUUUGCAAAAGCAAGGAAGAAUCUGAGACACAAAGAAUGACACACAUUACAGUAGAAAGAAACCGCAGGAAGCAGAUGAAUGAGCAUUUUGCUGUUCUUCGUUCACUCACACCUGAGAACUAUGUCCAAAGGGGUGAUCAGGCCUCUAUAGUGGGUGGUGCAAUAGAAUUUGUAAAGGAUCUGGAGUACCUCUUGCAGUCACUUGAAGCUAGAAAGCUGCAACUUUUACAGCAAGAAAUGGCACAAACCAAUGAAGAUACGGCCAUUUCAAAACUCAUGAGACCCCCUUUUGCGCAAUUUUUCAUGUAUCCUCAAUACACAUGGUCCCAGACUCCUAACAAAUACACAUCCAAGACCAAGGCUGCAAUAGCUGAUAUCGAGGUUACUUUAAUCGAGACCCAUGCAAACCUUCGAGUACUCACUAGAAGAAGCCCCGGGCAGCUAACAAAGUUGGUUACUGGUUUUCAAACACUCCACCUUACCAUCCUACAUCUCAAUGUUACUACAAUGGACCCUUUGGUAUUCUAUUCUAUCAGUGCCAAGGUUGAAGAAGGAUUUGAACUUGGUUCAGUAGAUGACAUUGCAACGGCAGUUCAUCUUUUGCUUGGAAGAUUUGAGGAAGAAGCUUCCCUUUGCUGUUGAUCAGAGUCAUCUGGGGCCACAUGAUUUUAUUGAAAUGACCAAAUCAACCUCAUACGCUCUUUGAGAGAGACAGAGAGAAAAGAAAAACCCCACAAGAGAAGCCGCUACAUUGUCACUGAAAAGGCAUGACUCGCAAAUAUGUAAAGAUAAAGACUACUUGCAAGGAUUUCCCUCA